AUGAACGGAACCACGGUUAAGGCCAACGACAAGAAAAAGCGAGCGUACAAGCAAGACCAGAAGAAGACGACCAAAGACAAGUCCAAUGUUACCUGCUACAACUACAGAAAGAAAGGGCACUACAAGCGAGAAUGCCGAAGCCCGAAGAAAGGAUGGAAACUAACCCCGGGAAAGGAAAUUGCGGCCAUCGACGAAACCACUAAGGACGUCAUCGAAGUAGCGGCCACGAGCUACGAAGACAAGGGCAGUGACACGGACAGUCUCAGACACGACGGCAACGGUGAAGACGAACAAGCACCGAACUCCGAACUGGUCACUGUGGAUCCAGAGACAGGUCUUGCCGAAUGGGACAUGGCAGGAGAAUAUGCACCGCCAGCUUCGAUUCUCCCGGCCUUAGGACAGUGGGGUUUUACGGUCACGUAG